AUGGGUUUCUCGGAGAUGUCUCAGUUCAAGACCUCACAGGCCCUGGCAAACACUAAAGAGUACUGCUGCUUUCUGAAAGAGAAGUUACCUUCUUUUUCUAUAGCAAUGCUUGUAGUUCUUUUUGUGGGUGGUAAAGCUCCAAGAGUCCAUGAUUUCUCCAUGGAUGCACAGGGUUUUAACCUGCGCGAUGACCCAACUAACAGAACUUUCUACAACAACCCAAUGCUCAGUUAUUCGUUAUAUAGGCCCAUCAAAAACUGGGACGAAAAGAGAAGAGAGUGGCUAAAGCAUCAUUCAUCCUUUGCCCCCGGUGCAAAAGACAGAAUAUUCAUGGUGACAGGAUCACAACCGUCAAUUUGCAAGAACCCAAUCGGUGAUCAUCUCCUGUUGAGGCUUUUCAAGAAUAAGUGCCUUCCUACACCCAAAGAUGGUCUCUUAUUGGGCCAAAUUACCCUUAAUCCGGGCCACAAUGCUGGCCCACCCAGUGGCAGAGUGGAUGUGGUGGGUCGACUCGGAUGCCGUUUUCACCGACAUGAGUUCAAGCUGCCAUUAGAGAAGUACAAAAACUACAACCUGGUAGUGGACGGCUGGUCCAGCAUGAUCUACGAGAGCCGUAGUUGGGUCGGGCUCAAUGCUGGGGUCAUACUCAUCCGAACCUGUAAGUGGCCCAUGGCCUUGAUGAAAGAAUGGGCCAAUAUGGGCCUAAUAAGCCCAAAUUACGAAGAGUGGGCCCACAUCUUAUCAUCAACCCUCAAACUCAAAGCAACCCAAGUAUCCGACGAUCAAUCGGCUCUGAUUUACUUGUUAUUAACACGGAAACACAAAUGGGGAACAGAGAAGGGAAUGCGCAGGUUAAGGUGGAGACACGCUGAGAAGGUGAGCGAGAGCUAUGGUGCGCUGAGGGAGCAGUACCUCAAACAGGAGGGAUAUGGUAAGGAUACGGGGAGACGGCCGUUUAUAACGCAUUUUACGGGGUGUCAGCCGUGUAGUGGGGACCACAAUCCAAUGUACGGUGGUAAUUCUUGUUGGAGAGGAAUGGAGAGGGCGUUGAAUUUCGCGGAUUAUCAAGUGCUUCGGAACUAUGGUUUCGUGCACCCUGAUUUACUUGAUUCUGCCUUUGUCUUGCCCCUGCCGUUUGACUCUGUGGGACUGUGA